AUGGACCCUGUACCUGUAGAAAAACUUGUGGCUGUCUCUGUUGACUAUAGGCUUGCCCCAGAGCACCCUCUGCCAGCUGCUUAUGAUGAUUCGUGGGCUGCUCUCAAAUGGGUUGCUUCCCAUUCUGAUGGAAACGGCUCUGAAGAUUGGCUAAACAGUUUUGCAGAUUUCCAGCGUGUGUUUUUCUAUGGGGACAGUGCAGGGGAGCCAGUUGGGGAAGAGUUAACUGCCCCUGCAGCUGUAAGAGAGAUGGCUUCUGCGUUGUGGCGUUUUACUUACCCUUCGACUAGUGGAUCCGAUGACCCCUUUUUCAACCCGGGUAAGGAUUCGAAGUUGGGGGAGUUGAGUUGUGUGAAAGUGCUGGUUUUUGUUGCUGAGAAAGAUGUGUUGAAAGAUAGAGGAUGGCAUUACAGUGAGACACUUAAAAGGAGUGGGUGGAAAGGGGAUGUGGAGGUCAUAGAAGCAAAGGGGGAGAGGCAUGUGUUCCAUUGGAUCAAUCCCACUUGUGACAAUGCUGUGGCCAUGGAGAAAAAGAUUGUUGCUUUCUUGAAUUAUAAUAGUUUGCCUGAAACUUGGGUGUAG